AUGGAUUUCCAUCGAAAGCUUUGUAUGGCGAAUUUCCACGCGCUUCAGAUGACGAUAAAGCCAGAGACAAAGUUUCCUUACGUCAUUCACGCUGAACAAAACGCUCUGCUGGUGAGGAACACCAAAGAUUUAACGGAUGGAGUUCUGUUUGUAACGAAAAGCCCUUGUGAUGAAUGUGCUCCAAUGGUCAAACUGAGUGGUGUGAAGACCAUCGUUGUCGGGGAAGCAAUAGACAGUAGUCAUGGAGGAGAACUGUCUUACAACGUAAUUAAAAAUUAUAUAAAAGACAAUGAUUUCGCCUGUUUUGAAAUGAGGGCCAGAAAGAAGGCACUAGCGAAGCGUUCAGCUUCUGAUCCAGAAGUAAGGAAGAAUUUAAGCCAAGCAAAGUACAUGAAGUCUAAGUGA